UGUUUGAUCAUGGGCGUGUCGCGACGGCCGCAGUUGCUCGCCCGCCGCCGCCGCGAGCGGACCUGUCAACUUGACGUUUCAAUCUGACAGGUGUCAAAAUAGUGUCGCGACUGAGAAAUGGUCAUCGAUCGUAACUGACAUUUGUGACUUUUUGUGUUGUGACAAUGGCGUUCGAAGACCGCUGCAGCCCGAGCCAAGCGAACAGUCCCGGCCCGGCCGGAAGGGUGCCCGCGCCGCAUCCAGAGAACCCGAUGAGCUACUGCCCCCAGAGCCAGUACACUUGCACCACUAUCGAACCGAGGUUUGACAGAACUUCACCCAUGAUGGUGGUGAAGAUUCAGCCGACGUCGCCGCCGCCCAGCCCGGAUGGGCACAGCGAGUACCAGAACUACUACCGACCAGAAACGCCUGACGUGAAGCCCCAAAUAAACACCGAAGAACAGCGGUUCGAGCCGGACAAGCUACGGAACCAAAGACAACAGGUUUCCGCGCCCAUAGCUUUCUCUAUAAGCAAUAUACUGCACCCAGAGUUCGGGUUGAACGCAAUUCGGAAGACGAGCAAGAUCGAGGGCCCGAAGCCUGCAGGGCCGAACCACAGCAUCCUGUACAAGUCAUACGACCUGUCCCAGCAGAAGUACAAUUUCGACUAUUUGAAGUCUAAAGAGUCCAGUGAUUUCUCCUCACUGCCGCCAUUGGGGGGACUGAAGCACACGGUGGCGCAGAUUGGCGAGCAGCUGCAGCGGGAACGGGAGGUGCCGAAGGUCCCCGAGGCGCAGAAGAGGCCGGACUCGGCGAGCUCGAUGGUGUCGUCGACGUCGAGCGGCGCUUUAUCCACCUGCGGCAGCACCGACACCGGCAGCCAGUCCUCCGCCAAUACCGGCCAGCUGUGGCCCGCCUGGGUCUACUGCACCAGAUACAGCGACAGGCCAAGCUCUGUAGGUCCUAGAAGUAGACGAAUGAAAAAGAAGAUGAAUCCAGAAGAGAAGAGACCGCGGACCGCUUUCAGCGCAGCGCAACUCGCUAGACUAAAGCACGAAUUCGCCGAGAACCGUUACCUGACGGAGCGGCGGCGGCAGGCGCUGGCGGCGGAGCUGGGGCUGGCGGAGGCGCAGAUCAAGAUCUGGUUCCAGAACAAGCGCGCCAAGAUCAAGAAGGCGUCCGGCCAGCGCAACCCGCUCGCGCUACAGCUCAUGGCGCAGGGGCUCUACAACCACAGCACCGUCACAGAGAGCGACGAGGAUGAAGAGAUCAGCGUCACGUAGGUGCGAAAGGCAUAGAAUGAUCUGGACUUGGAUGCGUAGUUCGAUUUAUAUGAGUUAGAAAGAGAGAGGGAGUGAAUUAUUCAAAGUGUGCAAAAGAUAGAGAUAGACUAUCAUAAAAUUGAAAGAAAUGAUCUGUGCGAUAGUAUUAUAGAACAGCAGAAGGCUGUGAUGGAUAAACGUGUCGUUGUCAAUGUCAAAGUAUCUGUAAAUACACAAACACAAGCUUGCGAUCACAAUUGUUUUAUAGUUUUUACGCAUUUGCGUAUUACAUUAUAAUGUAUGCAAUAUUACGCAGUCGCUUUUGCGUAUUGUAUAAAUAAAAUGUCAUAAAUAUGUCUAGGAAUAAACCCAGUUUUCUAAAAGCCAUCCUGAGUCUAUGUAAGUUAGUGUAAAUGUAAAAAUUAAUGAAAAACAUGUUCCUGAAUAUAAUAAUAAAUGUAUAGAUAGUGUAUUUAUUUCUGUUAUUUAAUUGCGUGAGGAAUGGUGGAAUUUGAACCUUGUGUGUAGGUUGGUUACUGGGCGGGCAAUAUCCUGUCACUUGCAGUAUUGUGUCUAAUGAGCGUACAUCUAAUAAUGAAGGUCAGCAUAAUUCUGAUGAUCAGUCUUUCGAUAACCAAUAUUACUUGAUCUGGACCUUCCUUACUGUUAAAUACAGUCUAGUAUAACGUGUCAGGGUUAAAAAAAAUAUUAGGCGUUGCGCAGACUGACAACUUAGUACCAAUAAAAUUACGGUAAGAAAAAAACAGCGUCGAUAACUUCAACUGUCAGUUUCAUAGUUUUAUAGUGUUUCUCGGCAACAAGGUGACAGCGUCUGUGCGAUGCCUAAUUUUUUUGAUUUUUGUAGAGUAUUCUGGUGAUUUUGAGAUUGAUGACAUCAAUCUAUUCCUCACGUUCAAAUAAUGUAAAAUAAAAAUUCGUUUCUAAGUAAAAUAUCAUAGUAAGAAAAAUCACAUACGUCUUAGAGAUUUUUUACGCAGUUAGUACGUUUAUCAUCUCUGUAGUACUAACACAACAUGUUUGUUUAACCAAAAAUUUUAUAAAGUUACGAUGCAAAUAAAAUUGUCUGUAAAAGAUGCGAUACGAUAACCAAAUAGUAUGUAGAUUGUGGACGCCAUCUUUGUUUUGUAUCCGUAUUUCUUCUCCGCAUAAUGCUACGUAUUUUAAAAACUAAUGCGGAUAAGAAUUGAGUAUUAUUUAAAUGAAAAUCACAUUUUGAUCCACUGAACUGAACAACUGAACCGAAAAAGAUGUACUGACGGAAAAAUAAUAGUAAAGAGUUUUUCUGUUUUUUUUUUGUCUAAAUUUAAUGCAAUUCAUUAUUCAAGAACAACUUUACUUCGUCUUAUUGCAAAAUACUCCAAUAUCAGUUAAGAAGUCAAACUUUUUUAUAAGUGUAGAUAAUAUUCCCAUCCUCGCUCCUCUCCGCUUCUGUGUUCCGUUUCAGCUGUUAAUACAAAUCACUAUUAAAAAAACCCAUACAUCUAGAUGGCGUUUCACAUAGUAUAUUAUAUUAUUAAAGUUAUGUGUUAAAAUUAUAGCAUGUAACUAAUGUAAAUUUUGUAAAUUAUUAAAUUUAUUUAUGUUAAUUCGCUAAGUGUACACAGUAUUACAGUUUUAUUAAGUAAAAAAAAUGUUCUUUGUAUUAUUUAAAAUGUUUUACCUAGAAUAUGACAAAUUAUUCAUUCUUCGAAUUCGUAGAUUUCUAUUGAACAAUACAUUGGGAGAUAUUUGCAGUAUUCCGGCUAGAACGCACAAUGAUUCACGCAAAAGCGGGCGGGAAUUUGAGAAAAAUGUUAACCUCACAUCUUAAAUAUACAAGUAAAUUACAAUAUAUCGCAAUAUUACGAUCGCAGUGUGCUCUCCCUAAAACUACUUAAAAAACUGGUUUGUGUACAUUUAGCUACAACUUUAGUCAUUUUUUCUUCCAUUUUAUUUCUGUUUUGUAAAUUAUUUAAUAGAUUUAUAAAUUAUUAGUUGUAUCAAUAGAAUAAAUGUAAAAAUGAAAAUAAAAUUAUGU